GUAAAGAAGGAAGCACUAUAGAAGAAACUCUGAAUGUGAUUUUAAACCAGAUUACUGACGCAUUAAAUAAAGUCAUGACGGGAGCUAACGCCCACGCCCAAAAUAAAGUCGUGCCAUUAUCGUUCAUUACGGACUUCUAUACGCUAGAGGAAGCUGUUGACGGGGAUAAAUAA